UGAGCUCGCGAUAUGUUAUUAUCACAUGAGGGCCACUGUAUGUCACGUGACGUUGUUUCGCCUGAGCCUCGCAGGGCUGUGUGGUUCUGGAGUGAAGUUGACAUGGCGAGAAACGAAGAGAAGCUACACGGGAGACUGAACAGACUGUGGCUUCAGAAAGAGAGAGAGGAGGGACGCCUCAAAGAUGUACACGAGCGAAGACCCAAGCUGGCUACUCUUAAUUCAGCUUCUGCUGUGAAAAAAUGGAUCCCCCGCAUCAAGAAUGAAAUUGAGUAUUAUUUACAGCAAUCCCAGCUUUCUCAUUAUCCCGAGAGGAAGAUAGCUGAGUUCAAGCUGCACAUUGAGGCUUUAGAAAAAGAGUACAAAAGCUUCACUGCCAAACUACGAGUACUUGAUCCUUUAUGCCAACAUAAACCGUGGACCCCUCGAGCAUACUGCAAAAGAAGAGCAGAGACACAAAACUCUCCAUACAUGGUUAAAAGCCUUCGGUGCAGCGACUCACACAAAGACAGCAGUCAGUCGAGUGGAGGCGAGAGUGACCCUGCCAGCAGCUGGACAGGAUGUCACAAAAUUUCAGCCACUGAGAGACAGGGACCUCUCAGCCAUUUGAAGGGCAGAUUUCAAAACCCUAUCACCAUCAACCUGGCCUCAGGGACCUCACAGGCAGUUUGUGCAGACCAGGAUCAGCCCCUCUCCUUUGACCAUACACGACUGGCUGUGGCUACUGCUGCGUUCAGAGGAACAUCAGUUCAGCUCAAAUCAUCUCCAACUCAGAGCCUAGCCAUGGUGCUGCAAUCUGGCCUGCCAAACCUCAGUAGUGCUCCAACAGGACAAACAUUUUCAUUGCAUAGCAGAGGCACAGAGAAUGGAACAACAGUGGGAUCAUUUGGUGCUGUCCAAGAGCACAAAUCAGACUUUGACACAGCAGAAAGGGUACCAAAGAAAUCAUCAGACACUAACACAACAGAGGAGAGGACAGGACAUGUCCUGGGACUAGACUGUUAUUCUUCGUCUGAUGAGGACUGUGGCACAUGAUAUGUUACAGCUUUCCACAUUUUUCUAAAUUUUUAUUUAUUGUAUUAUUUAAUCAAACAUCUUUUAUGUUAUGUGUUUAUUCAAAGGCUUCUGAGUGGUGAUGUUUGUAUGAAUAAGAUCAAUAUGACAAUUAUGGCAACAUUUCUGAAAAAUACCUAGUACUAAAAAACAGAUUUUUACAACUUUUUACUCUAAUCAAAUCCUAUUUCCUUUAGAAAAGACCUACAUUUAGUAUUUAAGAUGUCAUGCUGUGCUCUUUUUCUGAAAUUUAAAGGACAGAGAAUCUUAAUAACAUAUGAGAAUGUUAUGAUACAGUUAAAUAUAGAAAACAUUACUGAUUUAAUGAAAGAUACAAUAAAAUCUUGAAUUACAAACUCAAAGUAUCUGCUGCGUAAAGGAAAAGGUAUGUUUGCAGAAAAGGAACAAGUCAUGUCAUUUAGAAAUUCAUUGACGUUCUCAGGCAUUACCCAUCUAUGACCACAAAUGCCUCUACUGUAUAACAGAAAGGCAGGAGACUGUGUGAGAAAGAAUAAUUGUUAGAAAUACUUGCUGAAUCAGUGAUUCGUUUUAGUUUCCUCGUCUGGUUUUAUCAGCUGAAGCAGAAACUGUUGCACAACUUGGUUAGACCCCAAAACCCCACCUUCCCACCUAACUCAUUCUGAGCUGCCGUUGCUGCUGCUGCGAGGGCUGCUUUCAAUACGACACUUCUGGGAAACAGACUCAUCAGCUUUUGGAGUGCAGACACUGUGCAGUUUGACAUAGUUACACUUUUAGUUAGAAUGUUUUAUUCACACUGCAAGGUGGGUUUCCCUUUGCCUGUAGAGGGACCUGGAGAAAUAAAACAAAAUUUACACAACCGACCUAAAGCCUGAGAAUUUCCUUUGCAG